AUGGCUGAUAUCCUGGCAAUUUCCGCCGCAGUUGUCCAGUUUUUGGACAUCGCAGUUCGAGUCUCUCUCGAGUUGGGCAAGCUGUACUCUGACCUACGUGACGUGCCAGGUCAGCUUCAUAGGCUGAAACUCGAUAUCGAUCAACAGAUUGCGAUAGCGAAGUACAUCCUGUCCAGCCAUGCGACAUUUCAGAGUGAUCCACCGGGGCCAGUCACCGCAACAUCGCCAAUCGACCAGACAUUAGCUGAUUAUGUCCUGGCUAUGGAGGAACUUACCGGUCUUCUUCAAAGUAUCCGCAGCGAAGAUGAUGCUGGGUCGAUAAGACGAAGCUGGAAUGCAAUCCGUGCAGUGCACAAGCGCAACAAGAUUCUGUCACUCUGUGACAGGCUUGAGCACCAGAAGAGCACUAUACUUUUAUGGUUAGCCAGCACCAACACUGAGUUAUCUGUCCAAAUCAAGACACUCAUAGAAGGUCUUCAUGUGAAAGUCGACAAAAUGUUUCAUCUCACGCAGAACAUCGAGGAGAAUUCUAUGAAAGCAGAUCAACAGCUUCGUCAAAUACCAGACUUGGCAACGCUUUCGAAUGAAACCAGGCUAGCGGUUUCAGAGCUCACGCAUAGCAUUGAUUCGGCCCACCAGCGAUUGCUCACAACUGCCACCAGUACCAAUACUCAAAUAUCUAUCCUACAAAAUCAGUGGCAAGAACUAGCACCCACGUUUCACGAAUUUCGGGAUAUCAUGCAAAAUAACCCACAUCUAUUGCAAUCAAUAUACCAAUUUGGUACAGCAAGACGAGGUCUCUCGCCGCGCAAUGGAUAUAGCUCUUCACUUGGAGCAAAUCCGUCUGGAGACGUCAUUUCUCAUGAUACGUCGCGUGGUGCGGCAACCAGCAAAAAUCAUUCCUGCACUUGCAGAGAUAUCAGCAAUGCCACAAACAUCGAACCAUUGUCCUUUCUCCAUUUCAAAAAAGUAUUCAGGCGACACCAUUACCGCCAAUGCCCGAAGUCAAAAAUAUCCGAAACAAGCUUGGAGUUUUUUAUGAAGAUAAUUCCACCGACUUGGCUCCUAUCUCAUACAAUCCACCUUGGGUCCUCUUUGCAGUUUUCUAAAUUGCAAACCUCAUGGAAGAUCUCGCCAUUGGUGGUUGGUACCUCUAGGCUUGUUGACUCUAGGACGGCGCCGACCUUUUGCGCCAUCCAGAAAACCUGGCAAUUUUGCUGGUCUGAGACGGGAAUCCAACCAGCGCACGUCAGCGCUCUGGAGAGGACCCUGAGAGAUAUUUUUGAAUGCCAACAGGGUUCAGCCUUCGAUGAAGACGCUAAUGGCAGCACCUUGCUUUAUGGAGUACUCGACCUUUAUAUCUAUUCUUCACACUCAAAUACCCCACCUAUGAUUGAGUUUUUCUCUUUGAUUCGCUUCUUGAUAGAUGGAGGAGCAAAUCCCAAUAUUCACCGUCGGGGUCAGUACAAAAAUGGGGUCGUGGUGGAACAGGCCGGCACAGUGCUGGAUAUUUUCGCCAGUAUGCUUUUAGAUCUGGAUCUAAGCUGGUCCAGGGGGUGGUCUAUGGAUAAAUCAGUGUAUGAGUCUCUUAUCGACGGGGGAGCAAUUUUUUCGCGGCCUCUGGCUACUUGCGGGUCCAGACAUCCUGUCUUCUAUUUCGGCCAUUUCAAACAGGAAGUGGUCGAGCUCCAGACAUUUGAGGAGCAGAUCGACGGUAUCUCAUAUCUCCCGGUUGCAAGUUGUCACCAUACUGAGUCUGUCUGUGUAGUGUGCGACUUGAAUGACCUGAUGGUAUCCAUCCUUCGACGGAACGAGCCUGACUUCAUUCGUGCUUUGGGAAAAGAUGAUAUACAGGCCGUUUCUCGUGCAAAUGGCCUAAGGGCUAUACACCUCGCUAUAUAUUGGCCAUGGGCCCUGAAACAGAUCAUCCAGGCAGAUGCUGAUGUCAACUGCGAGGACAGCCACCAGCGUCGCCCGAUCCACUUAGCCGUGACGUGCCGGCAGGCUCAGUCGGUGGAGAUAUUACUCCAAGCCGACUGUUCAGUCUCCACGCCAAAUUAUUCCAAUAGCUUGCUUCAGGAAGCGUUGAUUCAAGGUCGGGAGUUUGACUACGUCACCGACCUCAUUAUCGAUGCGUUGAUUGACCGACAUACGCGUCUUCGUGACCUCGCACUCUCCGUGCUACCAAACGACUCGGGCCCUUCUGUAGAUAUAGAGAAAGAGACCCUUUCCGAAGUCCGAGCUCCUGAAAUAUACGACUCACUCGUCAGAGCAAAACACAAUAUUCCACCAGCACUGCAGGUCGACCGUGGUGAAGAAGGAGUGUACGAUACUGCAGAGAUGCAUGGACGUAUACGACUUACAGUCACUCUCGCAGACAAGCUUUGGAGGGGCGGCUUCCAUCGUUUUGACGAAUUUGCCCCUCUCAACGGUUUAACACCACUUUUGCAAAGCUGGUACAUUGCAGACUUUGACAUGGUCUCUUGGUUCAUUGAGAAAGGCGCGUCUCCCUUUACGACGCAUCGUGAUGGUUUACUGUCUGGUCUACACCUCUACGCUGCCAGGAUAGCCUACCCCGGCGGGCACUUCCAUCAUGACCCCAAGGAGGUGCCAAUCAGUCCACAACACUGGCACCAGUUAACAAGCCGUGGAGAUAUGUGGCAUGACUCGUGUCAUUGUUCCUGCUCGAUCGGCGGAUGCACUCCGAUUUCAAUACUUAUUAAAAAGAGUUGGCGAUUCCUGCUGAGAGAGCGUAAUAAUAAUUAUGCUGGAAUGAUGGAGCUACUGAGCAUCUGUCGAAAGACAAUGAUUUAUGAGCCAGAAAGAGAUCCACGCCAUGUCCAACAACUUCUUGAGGCCAUUGUCUUUGAAAGAAUGAACCUCCGACACACAUGCUGUUAUAUUGGACAAUUGGGACAGAUAUACUUCCGGCCAGAGUGGGAUGCUGAAAACAAGGAAUUCUGCGAAGGUAACAUAGAGGUCGAUUUUCGUCAAAUUUUGGCCGAUUAUGCCGUCAAAAUGCUUGAAUGUCAAUGUCCGGCUGCAGAAAAACCUAUAUGUGUGGUGUUCCGUGACACCUGUGGUACUACUGUGUGA